AUCAAAUUCAAAGUGAAAGAAAAGCAGCGCACCAUAUUAUCUAGGGUCUCACUAUGAUAAUCAAAAGGCAUUUCCAAAACGUCUAUCCUUCCUUUGUCUAUGGAUUCCUUAUUCUUACAAGUUUGAUGAAAGUACAUCCAAUGGCCAAUGCUGGUGAUUUGGGAAAAAUGUGCAACUCGACUCAAACAAACCAGACGAAUUGCACAAGGAAUGAGACUGGUUCUCGUAAUCAAAGUGAUCGUGAGCAGAAGCUUUGUGUAACAGAGUCAAGUAAACGUCGACCGAAACAGAAACGAAAGCCCGGUCGCAAUCCCAGAGUUCCAUUCACUCCCAAACAGCUGACGACCCUGGAAAACAAGUUUGAAACAAUGAAGUACUUGACAAGUGAUGAAGUUCGUAGUUUGUGUUUGGAACUGACGUUACCGGAAAACAAAAUCAAAAUAUGGUUUCAAAAUCGACGAGCAAGAAAGAAAAGAAAAAGUUCACAAAGCAGCGAUGAAUAUGUUGACGUAAUGACAAUUGACGGGGAGAACAGUUAGCUAUGUAUGACGACACAUGCACUGAAAAUUAGUUAUAGUUUUUAUAGAGGUCUAUAGUUAGAAAAUCAGUUAUGCAAUCAUAGAGUUUUUAUUGUAGUAAUCUUGCACAGCGUACGUUCAACAGGACCUUUAUUUAUUGCUGUCAAUAUUCAAUAAUGAGCAUAGGAAUUUCAUCGAUGACGUCAUUCGAGCAUUUCCGCUUACAAAGAGAAAACACUUUGAAUGUAAAGUUUCAUCAUGGCACCCAUCGUCAAAACCUCAGGUUGUAACAUAGGAUAGAAAAUAAAACAAACUUUUACAUUUCAUCAUCAUCUCAAUGUCCAUUUUUGUAAUAAAUAUAAAAAAUAAAAAAUGCAUUUAAAGUUGAGUGACUUAAAAUAAGGUUUACACUACAGGUCGAUUUAAAGAUUGCAACAACAAAAUCAAGGUUUAUGAUUGGUUCAAAGUAUAGUGAAGUAAAAGAUGCCAUAGAAAUGCCGAAUCUCAAUAAUUAGAGUUCAUCGCUGUUAUCUAAUUGACCCAAUCGGAAAAUCAGUUUAUAUAAGGUAAGUACUAAAUUAAAAAUGAACACACAAAA